CUUUUGGAACCGUGAAUUUAUCGAUACUUACCCAGCACCAAUGCUUCUUCCUUUCCGGUUUGGUUCUUUCUUUCCGGUGUGGCUCGUUGAAAAGAUUGGACGAAAUGGCUGCACACAAGUCGUUCAGAAUAAAGCAGAAGCUGGCUAAGAAGCUGAAGCAGAACAGAUCUGUUCCCCAAUGGGUUCGCCUACGUACUGGCAACACUAUUCGUUACAACGCUAAGCGCCGUCACUGGAGGCGUACCAAGUUGAAGCUGUAAGCUGUAGCUGUUGAUUCCAGGAGCUCCGCAACUUUGUGGAAUGCUGAAGAUCUUUUCGAGAAUAUGAAAUAAUAAAUUCGUCUACAAUAUACGGAUUAAA